UGCGUGGUAGCAGCGUCUACACCAGUAAGGAAAGCGGUGCAGUCUCAAGGUUAUAAUAAAGCUGUGAGAUUUAUCUGCAGAGUUUAUGUGGAAUAGUAACGUGAGAGGAAUAAUUGUUCUCAGGAGGGACUUCUGAGUCCUUGACAUAGAGAAUGGGUAAAAAAGUGAAGAAGGAAGUAGAGCCUCCACCCAAGGAUGUGUUUGAUCCUCUAUUGAUUGAAAGCAAAACAGCAGCAACGGUCGUGCUAAUGCUUAGUUCGCCUGAAGAGGAAGUUUUGGCCAAAGCGUGUGAUGCUAUAUAUAAAUUUGCAUCAAAAGGUGAUGAAAACAAAGUGACACUUCUUGGUCUUGGAGCAGUGGAACGUCUGUAUAAACUCAUCUCACAUGAAGAUCCAAUUGUACGCAGAAAUGCCAUGAUGGUGCUUGGUAUCAUGGCUUCUAAUCAUGAUGUCAAGAAGUUACUGAGGGAACUGGAUGUCACAAAUGCACUUUUAUCCCACCUGGUGCCAGAAGAAGAUGUGGUUAUUCAUGAAUUUGCUACUCUGUGUCUGGCUCAAAUGGCUGUUGAAUAUACUACUAAAGUACAAAUAUUUGAGCAAGGUGGAUUAGAACCACUUAUCAGACUACUAGAUAGUCCUGAUCCUGAUGUUAAGAAGAAUUCAGUUGAAUGUAUCUAUCUCCUGGUACAGGAUUUUCAAAGCCGUGCUGCAGUUUGCGAACUGAAUGUAAUUCCACCCUUGCUGGAACUACUGAAAUCUGAAUACCCAGUUAUUCAGUUGUUAGCCCUUAAAACCUUGGAAGUAAUUAGCAAAGACAGAGGAACCAGGAUAAUACUGGGAGAAAAUCAAGGCUUAGAUUGUCUUCUGAAGAUACUGGAAACCAAUGAAUUUAACGAUCUACAUGUGGAAGCUCUUGCUGUGUUGGGAAAUUGUCUUGAAGAUGUGCAUGCUAUGCAAUUGAUUCAGCAGACAGGAGGCCUUAAAAAGCUACUUUCAUUUGUAGGAGACUCUACUGUUCCUGAUAUUCAGAAGAAUGCAGCAAAGGCAAUUGCCAAAGCAGCUUAUGAUUCUGAAAAUAGAAAAAUAUUAAACGAGGAAGAGGUUGAGAACUGCCUCAUAAACCUUUUGGAAAUCGAUAAUGAUGGAGUUAAAGUUGCUGCUUCCCAAGCGAUUUCUGCCAUGUGUGAGAAUUUAUCUAGCAAACGUGCGUUUGGACUCCAGGGGAUUCCCCAGCUGGUAGAGUUGCUAAGCAGUAACAAUGAAGAGGUAAAAGAAGCUGCAGUCAUAGCAUUAGCUAAUUUGACAACAGCCAGUCCUAGUAAUUCAAGUGCUGUUGCUGAGGCAGAAGGAAUUGAGCCACUAGUAAAAACCUUGAAUGCUCAGAGGGAUGGAGCCGUUGCUAAUGCUGCUGCAGUGCUGACAAACAUGGCCACGCAAGAACCCUUACGCCUAAGCAUUCAGAGCCACGGGGCCAUGAGUGCGCUCACGGAGCCGCUGCGCUCGACCAGCAGCCCAGUGCAAAGCAGAGCAGCGCUCACCGUGGCUGCCUUGGGUUGUGAUGCUGAUGCCAGAGCUGAGUUACGAAAUGCAGGUGGACUGGGACCACUUGUUGAACUGCUGCAUUCCAAAAACGAAGAAGUCAGAAGAAAUGCCUGUUGGGCUGUUAUGGUCUGUGCAAGUGAUGAACUCACCGCUGUCGAACUGUGCAGGCUAGGUGCUUUAGACAUCCUAGAAGAAAUUAAUCUGUCAACAGGGCGCAAAAAUAACUUUAGUGAAGCUGCUUUGGAAAAACUACUUGAUAACAAUCUUUCCCAAAAGUACAGCCAGAUGGGUUAUUUAUCAUCAAGUAAUGUCAUUACUGAUGGAUUCUAUGAUUAUGGUCAGAUAAAACCUGGAAUUAAACUUUUAUCUUUGGAGGAACUCAGUAUGCAAGAACUUACUGACCGUAGGGCCAUAAUCUUCAUUAAUGCUAAACCACAAGAAGAUGUCCUUGCAGUAGAGGAAAAGCCACAAAAUUCAUCUUAUGAACAGACUACCUUGUCACCUUCUGUUUCAAGAAAAAGCAGUAGAGAAAAAUCAAGAAAAGGGAAGGGGAAAAAAGAAGAGGAAAAAAUGAUAGAUGUUACUCAGAUUAUAUCCAAAGUCCAGGAUGAAAUAAAUCAAGAAAAUGCACAAUGGCAACCACCACCUGACUUCAUUUUACUGGAUUAUAUUUAUGAUGCUUCUAAAACAAUCCUACCACUCACUACGACGCGGGAACAGGUUGUGGCUCUCGCACAGUUUGUUGCAGACAAGAUGGGUGGUGCAAUUGAAAGAGACAAACUACAUGACUUCAGCUGGGAACUUCAUAUAAGUGAAAUAGAAUAUGAACUGAAAUCCAAUGUUGUGCCUAUUGGGAAAGUGAAAAAAGGGACAUUUUACCACAGGGCUUUACUUUUCAAGGUGAUAGCAGACAGAAUUGGCAUUGGCUGUAGUUUAGUUCGUGGCGAGUAUAACAGAGCUUGGAAUGAAGUUAAAUUGGUUGAUGACUCUCCACAAGGAGUAACUGGGCUUCUGCUUCCUCCUCAAGAGUAUAUUGUAGAUCUAAUGUUUGAGCCAGGCUUUUUGAUGAAACAGGGAAGUGCAGAGGCAGAUCAGUACAAACGUAUUUAA